GAUUCAUAGUGGUAAAGUGUGAGAAUAUUUUUACACGGGUUUCAAAUUUAAAAAAAAAAAAAAAAACAUGAAGGUUUUAUAUUGCAUCGCUCUUGUCGCCAUGGUUGCCUUGUUCAAGGAAUCGUCAGGAUUUGAACUCAACCAUGCGCGCAUGAUCAAUUCUCAAUCUGAAGCCAAGGAAGCAGUCACGACUGAGUUUCCCACUUCUACUGAAACUAUGAGUGAACUCAUCCGUGUUGCCAGAGAAGCUGAAACCACUGAAAUCCCAACCACCACUGAAGCUGCUUCAGAACACGUCCGUGUUGCCAGAGAAGCUGAAACCACUGAAGUGCCAACCACCACUGAAGCUGCUUCAGAACACGUCCGUGUUGCCAGAGAAGCUGAAACCACUGAAAUCCCAACCACCACUGAAGCUGCUUCAGAACACAUCCGUGUAGCCAGAGAAGCUGAAACCACUGAAGUGCCAACCACCACCGAGGCUGCCUCUGAACUCGUCCGUGUUGCCAGAGAGGCUGAAACCACUGAAGUUCCAACCACCACUGAAGCUGCACCUGAACACAUCCGUGUAGCAAGAGAAGCUGAAACCACUGAAUUCCCAACCACCACUGAAGCUGCUUCAGAACACGUCCGUGUUGCAAGAGAAGCUGAAACCACUGAAGUGCCAACCACCACUGAAGCAGCUUCAGAACACAUCCGUGUAGCCAGAGAAGCUGAAACCACUGAAAUCCCAACUACCACCGAGGCUGCCUCUGAGCUCGUCCGUGUUGCCAGAGAGGCUGAAACCACUGCAGUUCCAACCACCACUGAAGCUGCACCUGAACACAUCCGUGUAGCAAGAGAAGCUGAAACUACUGAAAUCCCAACUACCACCGAGGCUGCCUCUGAACUCGUCCGUGUUGCCAGAGAGGCUGAAACCACUGAAGUUCCAACCACCACUGAAGCUGCACCUGAACACAUCCGUGUUGCCAGAGAAGUUGAAACCACCGAAAUCCCAACCACCACUGAAGCUGCACCUGAACACAUCCGUGUUGCCAGAGAAGCUGGAACCACUGAAGUGCCAACCACCACUGAAGCUGCUUCAGAACACGUCCGUGUUGCCAGAGAAGCUGAAACCACUGAAAUCCCAACCACCACUGAAGCUGCUUCAGAACACAUCCGUGUUGCAAGAGAAGCUGAAACCACUGAAUUCCCAACCACCACUGAAGCUGCUUCAGAACACAUCCGUGUUGCCAGAGAAGUUGAAACCACCGAAAUCCCAACUACAACCGAAGCUGACUCUGAACUCAUCCGUGUUGCCAGAGAAGCUGAAACCACUGAGGUUCCAACAACCACUGAAGCUGCUUCAGAACACAUCCGUGUUGCAAGAGAAGCUGAAAUCACCGAAAUCCCAACUACGACUGAAGCUGACUCUGAACUCAUCCGUGUUGCCAGAGAAGCUGAAACCACUGAGGUUCCAACAACCACUGAAGCUGCUCAAGAACAUAUUCGUGUUGCCAGAGAAGCUGAAACCACCGAAAUUCCAACUACGACUGAAGCUGACUCUGAACUCAUCCGUGUUGCCAGAGAAGUAGAAGUAACCGACAUUCCAACCACGACAGAAGUUCAAACUGAUUCCGACUUACUUAACUAAUUUAUUAGAAACUAAUAGUACCAAAAAUUCAAUAUUAUAGUAGUUUAUAAUUUUUUUACCGCACCGACGCUGUUAUUGGGUGCAGAAAUAAUUUUCUUCGAUCUAAAUGUUGAUGUAACUUUUAAAUUGUAUUUAUUUCCUUA